AUGGGGGAGGCAAAGAGUGGAGUGGCCGAUGCCCAGAGCCUGGGCCGUGCUUCCCCAAGGGAGACGACGCAUCUUGACAGACUGUAUCUCCCUCUGCCACGGGGCCCGGGGCGCUGCGAUUUCACACUCGGGCGGCCCUGUCACUGCCGCGCCACUCAGGAGCUGGGCUCUCACUCCCACUCGGCCAUGUCCUCGUCAGGAAAAGCUGCCAUUGCCUCCUCCUGCCUCUCCUUCGAGUGCUUCGACACCCUGACCAAGUCAUGCAUCAAGUGCUCCGAGUUGUACAAGGACAACACAACAGAGCCCACCCUGGCACCCACCCUGACCAGCACUUUCCUGAUCUUCGGGGUCCCGGUGGCAGUGGUGUUAAUCCUGAUUCUGGCUGCUCUCUGUGGCUUCCUGGCCUGUAAGGUGGGAAAGUGGAGGAGGAAGAGGAAAGCGGCAGACGAAGAGGCCAAAGCAAACGUGGACACUGCCAGCCCCCUGCCCAGCCAAGACCCUGCCAUGCCAGAGGAAGAUGGUGCCCUGGACCCAGAACUAUGCUUGCACCUUGAUGGGGACCUGAAGAUGCUGGGGCCACCCGAGAAAGCUAGGGCAAAGAGGAGGCCAUGCUGCCAGGGCAAUGCUGAUGGUGACAUCAUUCUGCUCUCCACUGUGUACCCCCGGCAUGAGGAAUGCAACCACAGCUUCCCACUACCUGCCACUGAGCUGGGGGCCACAGCCCUGGUCACCACCAAAACCACCCAGAAUUGCGCCAGAGAGGAGCGAGUCUGAGAGAGGGGAAAUGGGGCUGGAGUGCUCCGGCUGUUCCCCGUGGAGACCCACAGCCUGUUCCUGGGACGAGCGAAACCUUCUGUGGGCAUGAGCUCUCUGAGGUCCAGGUUUUGCCCUGAGCAAGAUCAGCCUUGUAAGAUGACUGUCCUUUUCCACUUUCCCGUUUGUGCUGAGUCCCAAGUUACACCUGUAAGCGCUGGAAGAAGCCAAAGUGGACCUCACCGAAUUGCAGUGAACUACUGACAGCUGCCAUGGCUCAACUGUUAGGAGAAGGCAGAGGAGACACAACCAGUGAGGAUGGAGCAUGGCAGGGACUGCUGUGCCAUUUGCAAGGCUGCCAUUGUGCCAGGAUAGGUCUGCUGUUGGAUGGGCAACUUAUGAGAACAUGGAGCUGGAAUAGCAGAAACAUCAGGAGAAAAGGAAGAUGGAGAUGGAAGCAGGGAGUUACAUUAGGACCAAAUGCCACACCACAGUAGCUCCAUUUUUGCUGCUGGCCUCAAUAAAAGUAGACUCGGGGCCAUAAGGAGCAAGGCACAUCCAGCAUCUACUCCAUUCACAGUCCUGCCACCCUGUCUUCUGCACUGUGUGAUACCCAGGUCUCUUCUCCCUCUGGGCACUCUCACACGGGGACAGGCAUCUACUGGCACUCCUAGGAACCACCCCAACAGCUGGGUACCCCAGAGAUGGGAAAAAAGUCCGUCUUCCCAAGCAGUGAAGAGGGGAAAAACAUUCUGUCCUUGCUCUGACCUACAAUCCCUGAAGUUAGGGAGGACCAGGGGCAGGCAACAGAGACAGCUAGUCUAGAGGAGCUCCAUGAACUUGUCAUUACAGCUCCAGACAACCGUCACUUCAGCUCACUGUUGCUGUAGAAAUACUGUGUGUCACUUGGGAUGCAUGUUUCUGCGCUGCAGAAAACCAGUCAGGGUGUGAUGUGAGCGUAGGCAGGAUGAAUUAAUUUAUGCGAGUGUCCUCAAGGCUUUGCCUGUGUGCCAGAUCUGGCCAGUGUUGCUGGUCCCAGGCAUUUCUCUGUAAAUGGUUUUUUUCACCCGCCUGCAAGUGGCUUUACUGCGCAGGAAGGGCUCUGUUUCAGGAACGAAACAGUGUGGGGUUGCUGUUUCGGAGUAAUUACAACAGUGAUCCCCUUGGCUGAACAGAGACAGGCCAAUGGGUUGGGUGAGAAGUGCUGAUGACCCUGGAGGAGGUGAUUAGGCAAUUAAAAGUGCCUUGGCAGUGUUACUUGCAUGAAGUGCCAUCUCAGCGACAGCUUGGGCCUGCUGUUCCUUAGGUGAGGUGGCUUCCUCGUCCAGGAGUUUUGGACACUGAGGCAGAGGCAGCCAAGCAAGGUGUUAGGGCACUGCCAUCGAGCACCAAUGGGCCACCGAGUGCCAUAGUUCCCAGUAGGGUCACCUGGUGGCACUGUGCAGAGGAGGUAUCCCUCUGAUGAUGGGAAGGUGACUCCCUGCCCAUGCCUGAGUUCUACUCUGGGGUUGCAGGACAGAUGGUGCUGUUAACGGGUGACCCUCCCUCUUCUCCCCUGUCCAUGGCACCAGAACCAGACUUGUGGCACCAGUCACAUAAUAGGUGCCACAAGCACAGCCAUAAGUGCCAAGGCCGAAAUUCCUCACCACAACUCCUCUCCCAGAGCUAAACAUACUAGCAGAGAUGAGCCUUCAUCCGGCUGAGGCUCCACAUGACCCAGGAUUAGAUGGGUCCUGUCUCGGCCUUGGGGCUGAGAAUGGUGGAGGAGGUAUUCCAUGUGCCCAGUGGCUGUCUCCUGGGGCUCCAGGCAUCUGUGGCUCACUGACAGGAGCUGUGGAGACCCCAGGUCUGGGCUCCUGGUUAUCCACAAUAGCCAUGCUGCCCAUUGCAGAAGAGGCAUGAGUCAGACAUCUCCUCAUCUUCAGGCUCUGCACCCAACCCUGUGAAGUAAAUUCAAGCAACCUUUGUGCAUCUGGAGUGGGGAAAUGAUCCCAAGACAGGUUGGAGGAUGUUUUGGCACUGGAAUAAGGACUACUCGUGGGAGGCAGAGCAACCUGUUUCAUGGGAGAUGGGGGUGAGAGGGAAAUGGAGCAGAACUAUCAGGACCACCCUCCACUUUCCACCCAGUGACAGCUGCAGCCCAGCCCUGCGGAUAUGCUGCCCACCCCAGAAAAUGCGGUGAUUUGAAAAAGAAACACCCAUACAAAUCCUAUUGAAAAAGCCCCUCUUUUUAUUCAGGUAAGGACUUCUGCUCUCAUUUCUGCUGGAACUUAUGCCAGGCAUCUCCCCGUAUAGGAAGUCACUGGCAUUUGCAGUUUGCAGAGUAGCAAUUUAAUCCACAUUGGAUUUCUCAGCCAGUGAGUGCCCCUUGGCAUGUGCAGCGUCUUUCCCACAGCCUGCCUGCCCAAAUACCAGCUGUGGUGAUCUGGUAGUGGUGGUGUGGCUCCCUUCCUGCCCAGUCUGACCGGGCCAGACUUGCAACCUUCUCUGUGCACCAUUCUAUCCUUAUGUACAGGGCAAGGGUCUGUUUGCUUUGGCUGCAUGGAGGGCUGAGGGAAUAGAGAUG